CUCCUAGGAAAACAAGCCAGCCUUCUUGGGAACAGAACCCCAGAGCACAGCAGUACACCUUCUCUCAUCUCUCCCUCGAUGCCUAUCUCUGAUCUCAGGAUGUGGACUCUACUGCUUGGGGUUAUUUUCGGACUUCUGGCACCUGUUCAGUCCGACCCUGUUCCUGCCUCGACAGAACCUCCCGCUCUGGCUGCUGGGGAUUUUCUUGGGGAAACUUUCAAGAUCUUCAAGAAGCGUGUAGUGGGUCCCCCGGAUGCCACCAAUGGAACAUCCAGCAGUGACGAAACAGUGGACCUAGAUCAUUUGGUGACCCCUGACCCUGUGACAUCUGACCCGGAAGACCAGCUGCCUACCUUUGACCCAGAGGAGGGCAGCACAGAUGAAACAGAGGGCAGCACUACAGAGGACAGUAUGAAACACCCCACUUCAGGACAAGACGAUGAAGGGGAGCUGUUUGACGCCAACCUUAAACCUAGCUUUAACCUCCGCCCCAGUCCAACUCCUCGCCCCAGUCCAACUCCUCGCCCCAGUCAAAGCAACACAGAGGACAAUUAUGAAAAGUACGACUAUGAUUCCAGUCCAAGUGAUAGACCUGAUUCACCAGAGGAAGAUGAAAUGAUCCUGGAUACCGAAAGCCCCACAGCAGAGUUUGUCCCCACAGCAGAGUUUGUCCCCACAGCAGAGUUUGUCCCCACUGCAGAGUUUGUCCCCACAGCAGAGUUUGUCCCCACAGCAGAGUUUGUCCCCACAUUUGUCCCCACUGCAGAGUUUGUCCCCACAGCAGAGUUUGUCCCCACAGCAGAGUUUGUCCCCACAGCAGAUGUUGUCCCCACAGUAGAGUUUGUCCCCACUGCAGAGUUUGUCCCCACAGCAGAGUUUGUCCCCACAGCAGAGUUUGUCCCCACAGCAGAGUUUGUCCCCACUGCAGAGUUGAACCCCACCACUGAUUUUCCGAUUGAUUUGGAAGAUGUUAACGCAAUCCUUGACGCUAACCCCAGCCCCAGUCCUUAUCCAACUCAUGACGCUAACCCCAGCCCCAGUCCUUAUCCAACUCAUGAUGCUAGCACCACAACAGAGCUAGAGGAGUUGGAGGACGAUAUAUUCAGACCAAACUUUGUCGCCAGCCCUAGUCGUGUACCGGAUCCCAGUCCCAGCCAUAGUCCCAUCUCAGAGUUUGAAGAAGAAGACCUGUUACCUCUUAGCCUUGAUCCAAGCUUUAGUACCACCUCCAGACCUAGCCAAAGUUCGGGGAGCAGCCAUACACCUAGUUCUAACCUAACCAGUAUGACAGGCUUGGAGGAAGGCGGGGCUGCAAAGAUGAAUACAGAGCUGGCCUUCACCUCAACCACCAGUUCUGCCGCACCUACAACAGUCAGGAUGAAUUCAGACAUCGAAGGGUCAGGGUCGGGAUUCCUGCCUCAGAGUAGCACCACAGUAGCAGCCCCUGCUGGCGAGGAGGACCAAACAUACAACUCCCUAGUCGAUAAGCCAUUCAUUGAAACAAAGACAAGAAUUCAAGGCAGCAAUAGGCUUGCUCUACCAAGGGAGGAACCGGCAGUGGAUACCUCUACAGUUCUUCGUGAUGCAGCUGCUGUAAAACCAACCCCAUCCAGACAACAUGAUUCAUAUACAUCGGGUUGGUUGAUCAUCGUUGCCUUCGUCGCGGGCGUGGUGGUCUUGGUCGUAAUCUGUGUCGCCAUAGGUACCAGAGACAGAUGGAAUGCACCGGCCCAGGCUUCUGAGAAGAAGGUCGCCAACGAGAGCUCAGGAGAUGAGAAGGCGGAGCGGGAAAUGGAGAGGUUUCUGUCUAAAGAGAGGCCAAGGGAAAACAUCCACGCUGGAGAGUACACUGUUAUACUUCUGGAGGACCUCCCUGAGAAAGAGCCGCUGGACUGAGACGGGCCAAGGAGAUGCAGAACGGGGACAAAAUAAGAACAACGGACACCUGAGAAAUAGAAUGGAACGGGUCUCCCCAUUCUAGUCAAUGGUGGCAUAGUGG